GACGGGAUAAGACACAACAUUGAACAGCAGCAAAGUGAGUGUUUGGCCAAAAACGAAUGUUUAAUGCACUGUAUAAGUUGGGUUUUAUCUUUGAAAGUUUUAUUUGUUUAAAUUUUAUUAGAACCGGGAAUUGUUAAAGAAUUGACUCAAGAUGUGGUGGUAUACAUUUGCUCAUGGUGUUUACCACCUAGUGCGCUGGUUCCCAAAGAGUAACCGACUUAAAAUACGGAUUGUACUCAUGCUUUUCUCCUUUGGGUUAUUAUUUCCACAGAUAUUUGUAUUAUCAAGAGAACAUACAACCAGGUACUGUGGACAGCAUCUCUUUGAUUUCCUGAUCGUUUCUAUUGUUUUCACCUUCUUCAUGAUAGGAUUCAGCUUUAUUUUUUCAAUAAUGGAUCCAGUUCCCUGGGAAGUGAAGCUGGCUUUUCACAUCUUUGGUUUUAUAACCUUCGUCAUUGGGUUGACCAUCACUGUAUUUACAUCACUAGCAAUUGAUUGUAAAAAUAAUACAGUAGAGCUUUACUACCUGUCAGUUUCUGCUGCUGUUCUAACUGUUGCUUCGUUUGCAUUUUUGGCAGUGAUGAUCCCAUUCUGGCUUCUUAAUUACUUCUUCCCAAAUUCAGUUUUGAAUCGUAAAGAGCGAACUGGUGUCUGCUACGAGCCGACAACAUGCUGUUCAUGUCUGUGGCACAUUUGAUUCAAGAUCCACAAGAAAAAGUGUUUGAGAGUGCUCCCCCAUAUGUUCACAUGAGCUUAUAAUGCAUUCAUCCUGUGAUAGUUGGAUGUAUGAACAUCCUGAUUUCAAGUUCAGGGUUGGAAGAAAUUGUCUCACUUAAAUUAAGACGCUAUUCGUAUUGACGAAUGAAGAUUAUAUUUUAUAAACUUGUAAUAUGUAAGAAUGAGACCAAAUCUGUUUUGUUUAUUCAAUUCCUGAUGUAAAGCAGGUAAGAAUGUGGCUCAGAGAAUUCUGUGAAAUAUAAUCUCUUUAUUGCGCUCAGUGCGCCCCAUACCAAAUUUAAUUGGCGUACCAUACUCUAUAUGUAUUUUUCCUGAUUAUCCCGUCCUGUUGGUGGCGCUGACCAGAAUGAGUCAAACAUACCGUAGGAGGCGUGUGGCAAUAAUAUGCGCUAUAUACAUCACUGUAAUAUUACCAGUUAUCCUCUUGUGAUGCCAUAUUGGAUUACAGUAUUCCAAGGUUGUCUAUUAUGGAUGUGCCAAUAAUGUUAUUAAAAUUUAUACAGUUUGGUGUUAUACCGUUAUAAAAGUGCGUACUCGCACAAAACACCAUGUUUGAAUUAUCACACUGUGGAAUCAUUAACAGCCAGCUAAAUGUGAAUAUCUUCGCCUUGUUCUGAUAUUUUAUUGCUAAUGAACUUCAUUUUGCAAAUUAAGUGUAUAAACCAAGUAAAUAUAAUUACCGAAAGUUAAUCAAAUAGUUGUGAUAAUGUUGAACCAGGGAGUUGUUAUUUAAAGAAGAAAUGCAUCUGUAGUGGAUCCAGGAAUUUGAAAAAGAGAGGGCCAGGGAGGGAUUUAGACAGAUGGCAAGAAAAUUUACGAUUAUGUCUCCUUUACAUGGUCUGAAAUUACAACAUUACACUAUAUAAUAUUCAAACAAAUCCAUUUGUUCCCAUUACCGCCCGCUUGGAUACUCUAAAUAAACAUCUCAAAAAAGCCUGGAAACUGUCGAGGUAUACUGUAAUGUUUAAAGUGAGUCCUCAGAAAUAUGCCUUCUAUUUAUUAUUGUAGCUAACGGUAUUAUUUUAAUUUAUUUCUCGUAAAAAAAUUUAUAAAAUUAUUCACUUGUACAGUCGAAUUAUGAAGUAUUUUAAUAUGAGAAUGUUUUUAUAUUUACUCUACAGACAACGUGGUAUCAAUAUAAGUUAAAAAACGAUUAUAAAACUAGGUUUUGUACUGGUUGAGAAAUAAAGAUAGUCUUGGAAAAAA